AUGAGUACUGGGUGGAAUCCUCAAACAGACAUGCCCAACCUCAGUGGCAAGGUUGCUGUUGUCACUGGUGGCAACAGUGAUAUUGGUCGCGAAACAGCCAGGUUCCUUGCCGCGAAGGGAGCAAAGGUGUAUUUCACCGUACGCUCAGAAGAAAAAGGGUGGCAGACGCAAAGGCGUAUCCAGGAGAUGAGCCCGGAGAUUGAUCCGGCAAAACUGCAUUGGCUGAAGAUGGAUCUCACAGAUCUUGACAGCAUCACCGCCACCGCCGACCGCUUGAAACGGGAGGAGGAGAAAGUAGAUAUUCUAAUCAAUAACGCAGCAGCUUCGACUUGGUCCACCGAACCUGUUGGUGGCGGGUGGGAAAUCCACAUGGCCGUCAACCUGAUUGGGCCUUUUGUCUUUACAAACCGUUUGAUGCCGCUGCUGAAGAGCGCUGCCUUGGACAACAGUGCCGACGUCAGGAUCGUCACAUUGAGCUCUAGUUCUCAAGUCGCUAUGCUCCCGCGGAGGUUCAAGUUCCCUUUCGAGUCGCCCGGCUUCCUCAGUAACCCUGUCCCUGAGUAUCCCUGGAAAUCGCGCUACUUUGUCAAAUACUUCUUCGGCUUUGACAUGGUCCGCUACUCUGUGUCCAAAGCCGCGAACUUCAUUUUCGCCCAAGAGCUACAACGGCAGCUAGACGAACAGGGUUCACCGAUCUUGUCCCUUGCCGUGCAUCCAGGAGAAGUUGCUACGGAGGGGUUGUUUGCAAUCAACAACGUGGUGGUGAGGACGAUUGCUCGAUUGUCUUUCCUUUCGCCUGAACAAGGAGCGGCCAAUCCCGUUUUCGCAGCAGUCGCGAGAGAGAUCAGGGAAAGUCCCGGACACUUUAAGGGGAAGCUCCUCACACCCGUUGGGAAAAUUGGAGAAGCUAGUCAUGCAGCUUCAGAUGAGAGUCAAGUGAAGGGAUUGUGGCAGAACAUGAUGCUUCAGGUGAAUAAGCAGUUAGUCAAGGACAGACUUCCGGGACUACAGCCAUGGUGA